CUCACGUGACGGAGUGGGCGUAUUUAAGCCUCUGGCGCGGGAGUAUCGGAGAAGAGUCGAGCGAACGGGAAACUGAGGUUAAAAAAAAAAGCAGGCAGGGUUUCGAGAAAAAAUGAACGUCAGUGGAAAAGUAAAGCAGAGCCACCAGAAGUCCAAUGAGAACAUAAAGAGCCUUUUCACACCUUCUCAAAAGACUAUGGGACCUGCCAGGCAAACCCUGCAAGUUCGUCAGGUUAACUCAGACCUGGGGAGGUCAACUCAGGCAGGAAAGGUUGGUCCAAAGCGGAAGAAUUGGACGGCUGAGCAAAUCAGAGGUUCAAAGAGAGUCAAGAUGGAAGUCAAAUCCACUCAAACAGAAGCAGCUGAUGGGUUAAUAGAUGGCAUGUCCAAAGAAGCAUAUGAGCUCAUGGUCAAAGAAACUCCACCUUCCACCUACUGGAAAGAGGUAGCAGAGGAGCGACGGAAAGCACUGUACAAUGUUCUACAGGAGAAUGAGAAGCUCCACAAAAGCAUAGAGGCCAGAGAUGAGCAGAUAACGAAGCUUCAGAGUGAAAAUGAAGAGCUGCAGGAUCUCGCUCAACAUGUCCAGUACAUGGCUGACAUGAUUGAGAGACUGACUGGGAAGUCUCCUGACAAUCUGGAUGAGCUCAGAGGAAUUGCCCUUGAUGAAGAUGAGGCUGAACAUGAUGAAGACGACUUGGCAGAUCAGAGUGAAAACGAUCCAGACUACAGUCACGGCUCUGCAGAAGAGCUAUCAGAUGAUGAAGAACCAGGACCCUCAGGACUCCAGAACUAAUACUGCAUGACUUUGACAUUUUGACCCGAGUAAUCUUUGACUGCAACGAGUACUUCGUUUGAAGGAGAUGAGCUUUAAAGAUGUGUAUGUACUCUAAAUUCAGCCUGCAAUUUUUUUUAUAUAUUUUUUUUUCAUCAUUGCUUGCUCAAGUUUUUAAGGGUCUUAAGAAACUAAGCCAGUGAAGGUUUCCUUUAACAGAAGACCCCUUGAUGUGUCAUAGGAAGACAAGUACAGAUGUGAACUAAGCUGCUGGCACCUGAAAGACUUCAUGUCAGGGUGUCCACAACCAUUAGUCUAAAAGAAGUUGACCUUGGGCAGGUGAAACUAAAAUGCUUGUCCAACGUGCUUCUUUUGGCACUUGAUUUGUCUUGCGGCUCCUGUUGAGCUGACAGUGUUUACAAAUUUUACUUGAACACCUGUUUUGCCCUGUUGUGAUAAGUUAAAUGUGCACUGUUGGUCAGUUAUUUACUGCCAGAUGUGGCAAAGAGCAUGGCCCUGAAAUGUUGCCUCACUGUAAAAUUGUGAAA